AGUAUCUGCCGAUUGCAAGGAUGCUACUGGUGCUAAAGCGGUGGCAAACUUCAAACCCUGUUUUAUCCAAACAGAUUAUGGGAAGGGCUUGUAUGAGGUGGCUGAUAAAAACAAGUCUAAAGGGUUUGACAAUUGUGCGAUUGAGCUUGCUAAAGUCCUCAAAGGUAAGAAAAAUCCUGAUGAGAAAGAUGUCAAGAAAAUGCAGGAAUGUAACAAUGAACUCAUGAAAUCAAAGGAAGCUAUUUUGAAAUGCUAAUUAAACCUGCUGAAUAAUUAAAUUAAAUUAAUGCUGUAGAGAUACAGCUUAAUAGACUGU